UUUUUUAUGAUUUCUCCGGCGGAAAGAAAUCCAAUUUGGGUUUCCGCCUUUUUUUUAUAUGAUGUUUUUUUUUUAAAAAUUUACAGUCCGCAAUAAGUAAGUACAUGCUGAUUACUGAAGUGUCAUGGGAAAAAAGCUAGUAACUUUGGAAAAAAAGGAACAAACUUGAAUUUGCGGCGGAGCACCACUCCUGGAUUUGGCCGGAGAAUCGUACAGUUUCCGAUUCAAGUUCAGUUUCACCGGAAAUCUCGGUCGCCGCCGGGAGAGAAGACCCGUUGUGUCUUUCUCCUUUGCAGGAAGAUAUUCGGUGAAAUAGUUGCACAGUUGCUUUCACUAGAGAAAGGCAAUGGAACCAGCCAAUUCGAUUUCAUGCCCUUCAACUCCUCGUUGGAACCAGGAGAGGCCGUUCCUCACCGGCCACUUUCAUCAAGAAAUCAGGGCAAGCUCCAGAUUUGCUGAUUCUAAAAGAUUUCGCUCGGACUCUUCUGGCGGAGUCGAGGCUAUUGGUUGUUUUGACACGGCUGUUCAGGAACUUAUUGUCAUUGAUGAUCUACUUUCUGCGUUGGUUGGAAUUGAAGGGAGAUACAUAUCAAUAAAACGAUUCCAUGGAAAGGAGGAUAGUAUAACUUUCCAAGUUGACCCAUCAAUGGAUUUGGCACUCCAGGAACUGGCGAAACGGAUAUUCCCUUUGUGCGAGAGUUUUCUGCUAAUUGACCAGUUUGUGGAAUUGGGCUCCCAGUUCAAGAAGGGACUAGUUAAUCAUGCAUUUGCUGCUGCUCUCAGGGCGCUUCUCCUUGAUUAUCAGGCAAUGGUGGCGCAACUGGAACACCAAUUUCGACUCGGGAGAUUGUCGAUCCAAGGAUUAUGGUUUUACUGUCAGCCAAUGAUGGGGUCCAUGCGAGCGCUGGCUGCAGUUGUUCAGCAGGCUUCUUCUAAUAAUUUUGUUGGUUCUUCUGUUCUUAACCUCUUGCAGAGCCAGGCCAAAGCGAUGGCUGGUGAUAAUUCAGUGAGGUCAUUGCUGGAGAAAAUGACUGAGUGUGCAAGCAAUGCGUACCUGAGCAUAUUGGAAAGGUGGGUGUAUGAAGGGGUCAUUGAUGAUCCUUAUGGGGAAUUUUUCAUUGCUGAGAACAAGUCUCUUAAAAAGGAGAGCCUGAGUCUGGACUCAACAGCUAAAUAUUGGAGCCACCGAUACAGCCUCAAGGAUGGCAUUCCUAGCUUUCUUGCGAACAUUGCAGCAACAAUAUUGACCACAGGGAAAUAUCUAAAUGUGAUGAGAGAAUGUGGACACCAUGUUCAGGUUCCCAUCUCAGAGAGAUCUAAGUUAGCAAUAUUUGGUUCGAAUCAUCAUUAUCUUGGUUGCGUAAAGGCUGCUCACGAAUUUGCAAGUGUUGAGCUCUUAAAUCUCAUAAAGGAAAAGUAUGACCUCAUUGGAAGACUCCGAUCCAUAAAGCACUAUCUUCUUCUUGACCAGGGUGAUUUCUUGGUUCAUUUUAUGGACAUCGCCCGAGAGGAGCUCAACAAAAAAUCUAGUGAGAUAUCUGUUGAAAAGUUGCAGUCUUUGUUAGAUCUUGCUCUACGGACCACUGCAGCUGCCGCAGAUCCUUGCCAUGAGGACUUAACUUGUUGUGUGGAUCGAGUUUCUUUGCUUAAGGCUUUGGGAACGCACAAGGAAUCUGAACUUCAAGCAGUUUGUGAUAGCAAUGGUCUAGAGGACCCAGUGAGCAUCACUGGUCUGGAGACAUUUUCCUUGAGCUACAAGGUUCAGUGGCCAUUGUCUAUUGUCAUAUCAAACAAAGCCCUAUCAAAGUACCAGUUGAUUUUUAGCUUUCUCUUUCAUUGCAAACAUGUGGAACGCCAGCUUUGUGGAGCUUGGCAGACACAUCAAGGUAUUCGGUCUCUGAACUCCAAAGGGACGGCAAUACCUAGAUCAUCCCUUCUCUGCCGUAGCAUGCUUAAAUUCAUUAGUAGCCUUCUGCACUAUCUCACUUUUGAGGUUCUUGAACCUAAUUGGCAUGUGAUGCAUGGUAGACUACAAUCUGCGAAGAGCAUAGACGAGGUGAUCCAGCAUCACGACUUCUUUCUUGACAAGUGUCUGAGAGAAUGUUUGCUUCUUUUGCCAGAUGUGCUCAAGAAAGUGGAAAAGUUGAAAUCGGUGUGCCUGCAAUAUGCUGCAGCCACACAAUGGUUAAUAUCUUCUUCUAUAGAUGUCAUUAACACCCAGUCUCCACAGAAGACAAUGACAAACGACACAAUUGUCAGAGAGUCCAUAUUCAAUUUCGAAAAGGAAUUCAACUCGGAGUUGCAGAGCUUAGGACCGAUCUUGAGCAAGAGCUCUCAGGCAGAACCAUACUUGACUCAUCUUGCGCAAUGGAUUCUUGGUGUUACUAAGGAGUGAAUGAGAGAGAGAUUGUGUUUCUAACACAGUCACACUACUAUUCCUAUUACCAAACCAGGGUGUAACUGGAUUUUGUGGGGUGACACUGAGCAGUUUCAUGUGUUCAAACUCAAAAGCUUAAUGUAUACACCAGUUACUUUGAUGUGA